AUGCCUUCCUUUUCGAUCGAGGUCGAAGGAGAAGCGAAUCCCUUGAGUAGGCAGGUGUUGCUGUCGCAUUUAUCAAGCAGUCUCUCAAGUCAUCACAAUUUGAAGACCUCAGCACAACAAUUCUCUAAUUGGGAAAGAACAUCUGGCUAUUACGCACUGCUGCAGGAUCUCUACGCAGAUUUCUCCCUUCCCCAAGAAGUUCGUUUCCAGGCAAUCAUCCAGCUGAAGAAUGGCAUCGACAAGCACUGGAAGAAGCACUCGCAACAUGCCAUCUUGCAAUCGGAGAAGGUCGUCAUCCGAGACCGCGCCAUCUCACUCGGUGUCCACGAACCUGUCCAAAGCCUUGCGCUGCAAAAUGCUCUCAUGCUAGCUAAGAUCGUCCGCUAUGAGUAUCCUAACGACUGGCCUGAUGUUUUCACCACCAUCAUUGAGCAUUUGCGCAAAGCCAGCCAAGAUCCAGCAGCAUAUCAGUACACAUCGAACAUCCUAAUGAUCUUGUUACACGUCAUCAAAGAGCUUGCUGCGGGCAGACUUCAGAAAACGAAGCGGAGCCUGCAGUUGAUCUCGUCAGAACUACUGCAGGUCCUCGGCACACUGUACCUGCAAACAGUCGAAUUAUGGAUCAACGCUCCAGGAGAGCUUGACAUGGCCGCGGCCCGCAACAGUCACUCAGCUCUCAAGACCCUAAGAAGGCUACUUGUGUCGGGUUUUGAGCAUCAACAUCGGGAAGCAGAAGUCAAGCAGUUCUGGGAUCUCUUGCAGGAUCAUCAACAAAAUUUUUGGAUCACUCGACAGCGCGCCGAAGCGUACGAAGUUGUUGCUACAAAGCACUUACUGCAGCUCGCGAAAUUGUUCCUGGAAAUGGCCCGUCAGCAUCCAGCCCCCUUCGUCCUGCUCGGAUCGAUGGAAAUCUUGAAUCGAUCAUGGACGAUCGUCAAUGAAUGUGCCAAGCUUCCAAAUGUCAAUGCUACCUUCGACUGGGAGGUCUAUCGAGAUGGCGAUAGCUUGACGAAGACUCUCCUGUGGACAAAUUGGCCUUGA